AUGAAAAAGAUAUUAUGCCAAAACAACUUAAUGCAAAAAAGUAGAAAAAAUGGAAAUACUAUAAAGAGAUGUAUACAUACAAGUAGUGUAUUAUACAACGAAGGAUUUAACCCAAGUAUGGCUUCAUACUUAGAAAGUGCUUAUCGUCUAUGGAAAAAUGAUCGAAAUACAUUAGACAAAUCAUGGGACCAAUAUUUCACGAAUAUAUGUAAUGGAAUGCCCAAUCAAGGUUUACUAGAUGAAACAAGUAGAAUAAUAUACCAAAAUAGUGAUAGAGAAUAUGGUGAACGACAUAAUAAUCUUCGAAUUACAUAUGUAAAUGAAGAAAUGAUAGAAAAAGGAAAAACAGGAAAUAUAUAUGACAUAGCUAGAGUUGCACAGCUAAUUAGAUGGUAUCAAAAAAAUGGUCAUUUAUAUGCACAAACAAAUCCAUUACCUUUACCAAAUAUAGUACCAUAUACAAGUAUUCAUAAUGGAAAUAAUAAUGAAAAAAAAAUGACUUAUAAAAAUUUUGGAUUUACUGAAGAAGAUUUAAAAAAAGAAUUUUCAUUUGAUUUGCCAUCAAUUACAGGAUUUUCUAGUUAUGGAAAUAAAACAUGCACACUUGAAUGUUUAAUAAAUAAAUUAGAAGAAACAUAUUGUCAAACAAUAGGAUUUGAAUAUAUGCAUAUAUCAGAUGAAAAUAUUGUAAAUUAUAUAAGAAAAAGAAUAGAAAAUGAUAGAACAUACCAUUUUAGUAAUAAUGAAAAAAAAGAAAUAUUAGAAUUUACUGCACGAGCAUUUAUAUUUGAAAAUUAUAUGGCUGCAAAAUUUGCUACAACAAAAAGAUUUGGUGUGGAUGGAUGUGAAACAUUAAUAACAGGUAUGAAGAAGUUAGUCAAAAGAGCAUGUAAAUUAAAUAUUGAUAGUGUAUUGAUGGGUAUGUCUCAUAGGGGUAGACUAAAUGUAUUAUUUAAUGUAUUACAUAAACCUUUAGAACAAAUGAUGUCUGAAUUUCGAGGAAAAACUGGAUUUAGUGAUAAUAUAUGGGGUAAUACUGGUGAUGUAAAAUAUCAUUUAGGUGUUGAAAUUGAUCAUUAUGAUGAAGAGAGUAAUAGAUAUAUACAUCUAGGUAUUGUUGAGAAUUCUUCACAUUUAGAAUCUGUUAAUCCCAUUUUAAUGGGGCAAACUAGAGCCCAACAAUAUUAUUGUAAUGAUAAAGAAAAAAAAAAGGUGUUACCUAUAAUUAUACAUGGUGAUGCAUCUAUAGCUGGACAAGGAAUUGCAUAUGAAACAUUUCAAAUGUCUAAAUUACCAAGUUAUAGUGUUGGUGGUACUAUACAUAUAGUCGUAAAUAAUCAAAUUGGGUUCACAACAUAUCCAGUAGAUGCAAGAUCAGGAAAAUAUUGUACUGAUAUAGGAAAAUGUAUAGAUAUCCCAAUUAUACAUGUAAAUGCAGAUGACCCAGAAGCAGUAACAUAUGUAUUCGAUCUAGCAUUAGAUAUAAGAAAUAAAUUUAAUAUUGAUACAAUUAUUGAUUUAGUAGGAUAUCGAAAAUAUGGUCAUAAUGAAUUAGAUAUGCCUAAAUUUACAAACCCAUUAUUAUAUGAUGUAAUAGCUAGACAUAAAUCUGUUCUUGAUAUUUAUAGUAAAAAAUUAAUAGAUGAAAAUGUAAUAACAUUAAAAGAAUUUGAAGAAAAUAAAAAAAAAAUAUAUGACUAUUAUGAACAAGUAUAUGAACAAUCAAAAAAUUUCGAACCCAAACCUAUGAGUAAAAAAUAUCUUCCACAAUGGGAGCAUAUGGUUAAUCCUCAAAAUUUUUCUCCAUCUAGAAAAACUGGAGUUGAAAAAGAUAUUUUAAUAAAUUUAGGGAAACAAAUAUUUACUAUAAAAAAAAAUUUUAAUCCUCAUCCAAUUAUUGCAAAAUUAUUUAAAAGUCGUAUAACAAGUUUAGAAACAGGAGAUAAUAUUGAUUUUGGAACUGCAGAAUUAUUAGCAUAUGCAACAUUACUUUCUGAUGGUUUUCAUGCUCGUAUAUCUGGUCAAGAUUCACAAAGGGGAACCUUUUCCCAUAGGCAUGCAAUAUUACAUGACCAAACUACUUAUGAAGAAUAUAACAUAUUUGAUUCUUUAAAAACUCCCCAUACAAUAGAAGUUAAUAAUUCAUUAUUGUCAGAAUAUGCUUGUUUGGGAUAUGAAAUUGGUUAUAGUUAUGAACACCCAGAUGCACUAGUUGUUUGGGAAGCACAAUUUGGUGACUUUGCAAAUGGUGCACAAGUUAUGAUAGAUAAUUAUAUUGCAUCUGGUGAAACAAAAUGGAAUAAACAAUCAGGAAUUGUUAUGUUGUUACCCCAUGGAUAUGAUGGACAAGGACCUGAGCAUUCAUCCGCUCGUAUUGAAAGAUUUUUACAAUUAUGUGACGAUAGGGAAGAUAUUGCUAACUAUUCAGUAGAUAAAGAUAAAAAAAUAAUACAGCAACAUAAUAUGCAAGUUAUAAAUUGUACUAAACCUUCAAAUUUAUUUCAUGCAUUAAGGAGACAAAUGCAUAGAGCAUUUCGUAAACCACUUGUUGUUAUAACUCCCAAAAAAAUGUUAAAAAUGAGAAUGGCAUUUGAUAAUAUAAAUAAUUUUUUAACUUCAACUGAAUUUUUACCAUAUUUGGCAGAAGAAUUUGAACAUAAAUUAAAACCAAAAGAAGAAAUAAAAAGAAUUAUUUUAUGUUCAGGACAAGUUUAUUAUGAUUUGUUAAAUUAUAGAGAUACAAAUAAUAUACAAAAUAUUGCUAUAGCUAGAAUUGAACAAUUAUCACCAUUUCCAUUUAAAAGUUUUAUGAACGACCUAAAAAAUUAUCCUAAUUUAAGAGAUGUUAUAUGGGUACAAGAAGAACAUAUGAAUAUGGGCCCAUGGUUUUAUGUUUCAAGGCGUAUUGAAGCAGCUAUUAAACAAUUAAAAAAUGAUAUUCCAUCAUGGAAUAUAGAAAUACCUGAGGUUAAUUAUUCAGGUCGAGAUGUUUAUGCUGCUCAAUCAGCUGGAGAUUUAAAUUUGCAUUUGUAUCAAUUAGAUGAAUUUUUAGUCGAUGCCUUUGAUUUAAAUAAGAAAUAUCACAUGCACGCUCAGAAAUAUAUCAACUCACCAUAA